AGUGGGCGGAGCAAGCGGCCCCGGAAGGACAGGGCCUUAGUUGGGUAGAAGGACGGGUACGUGUUGAACCGAGCUGUGUAGUCUCUGUGGAGGGAAAGAUGCUGACCAAUAUCUCCAAUGUACUGAGGGCCUGCGCUCAGAGAAAUGGAGCUGCAGCUGUCGUGUCAGCACGGACCUAUUCGGACUUCACAACCCAGGCAACGUUUGAAGUAAAGAAAUGUGACGUCUUCAAGCUGGAUGAGGCCCCUGCAACUCAGGUGGUUAUGACUCGGGACGAGGGUCUGCAGUACUACCGCACCAUGCAGACGAUGAGGCGGAUGGAGCUGAAGGCCGACCAGCUGUACAAGCAGAAGAUCAUCAGAGGGUUCUGUCAUUUAUAUGAUGGCCAGGAAGCUUGUGCUGUUGGUAUCGAGGCAUCAAUUAAUCUAAAAGACCACCUGAUCACAGCAUACCGCGCACACGGCUACACUUUAACAAGGGGAGGAACCGUCAAGGAGAUCAUGGCUGAACUCACUGGCAGAAGAGGCGGUAUUGCAAAGGGCAAGGGAGGCUCUAUGCAUAUGUACUGUAAACAUUUCUAUGGAGGAAAUGGAAUUGUCGGUGCCCAGGUUCCUCUGGGUGCAGGUGUGGCGCUCGCCUGCAAAUAUAAGGGCACAGAUGAGCUUUGUGUCUGUUUGUAUGGUGAUGGUGCUGCCAACCAGGGUCAAAUCUUUGAAACCUACAACAUGGCAGCUCUUUGGAAAUUGCCUGUUAUCUUCAUCUGUGAGAACAACAGGUACGGCAUGGGGACAUCAGUGGAGCGAGCCGCAGCCAGCACCGACUACUUCAAGAGGGGAGAGUUUAUUCCUGGUCUCAGGGUUGACGGUAUGGAUAUUCUGUGUGUUCGGGAAGCAACUAGAUUUGCAGCUGAUCACUGCCGGUCUGGGAAGGGUCCAAUACUCAUGGAACUACAGACAUACCGUUACCAUGGACACAGUAUGAGCGACCCUGGUGUCAGCUACCGCACACGUGAAGAGAUCCAGGAGGUCCGCAGUAAGAGUGACCCCAUCUCCCUGUUGAAGGACCGCCUUCUCAGCAACAACAUGGCCAGCGUGGAGGAGCUUAAGGAGAUCGAUGUGGAAGUGAGGAAGGAAAUCGAAGAUGCAGCUCAGUUUGCCACCACGGAUCCCGAACCCCCCCUAGAGGAGCUGUGCAACCACAUCUUCUCCAACAAUCCACCGGUUGAGGUGCGCGGCACCAACCCGUGGGCCAAACUGAAGUCUCUCAGCUAAAGUCUGAGUUGCUUCGUCAGUUCUACUGUAACUCAAGUCCCCAUACUGUUAUGUGAACACACUUCACAUGAUGCACCAUAUUUGAGUGCAGUAUGUGAACUCACAUAGCGCAUCAUAUCCAGAGCUUUAACCAUUAUUUUUUUGCCACUUUUAAACGAUGAGAACAAACAUGUUCUCAGAGUUAAACUGACAUUAAUUGGUUCAACUUUCAAGUUUCUUCUUAUUUCACCACUCUAAUCUGUAUGGGGUCUCCAUUCAAACACAGCUAAAACAUCUGGACUUAUUUAUCUCUCUUAUUCACUAAUGGUGAGUGGGUUUUUUUUUUUUUUUUAGUUUUUUUACCCUUUUCAAAUCAACUUUUUCAUUCUUGAUACUUGGAUUAGACUGUUUCUGACAUUAAAAUUAAAAUGAAUAUGGUGAAACACAAAACAGUUGGGAGAUGGGUAAUCUGAAGUGCAUUUGGUUGACAUCGUUGCCACGUUCUCACUGAAACAUGUAUUUAUACUUUUAAGAUUUUUUGACUGUGAGCCAUAUGAGCAAUAUAUUUUAAAUUGCCAGUCCCGAUGAAUUAUUUGAAGUUCCCAUCUAUGAAUUUAGCACUUCAAAUAAGUACCUAUGAUGCUUUUCUUAAGCUUCUGUAUUUAAAAGUGUUUUUUUUCUUGAGCGUUAAGCUCUUGAAAUUCUGUUUGCCCCCCUGGGAGUAUGGAUAGUGUAUUCCAUAUUUACCUUUUUGUUGUUACGCUCUGGACAUUGUUGAGGUGCAAUAAAUCUCACUCUUCGUGUCAAACCCAGCUGCAUGUCUCUGAACUCUUUUCUCCUUAACUGUAAAUGAUAGUGUUUCCUCAGGCAGUUUGUACCCAGACAUUUUGGACCUUUCAUGACAAAAAUACCUCAAAAGGUUUGAUUCAACCAGUAUGUUUCCAUUAAAAAUUCCACAUUAAAUAAGAAGUGCAGAGGUUUCUUGUAUCUUUAUGUGCCUGACCCAGCUAAUCAUGUACCUGACAGAGCUAAAUGUGCUGAAUGUGGCUUCUCGUCUUUGGUUUACUCCAUAAUCCGAGAUAUGAAUUUACAUUUGUUGUAGCUUUUCAGUGAUUUUUAGAGAGAAACUGAUUGUGGAUGUAAAGUAUGUCGUAUAUAUCCAAAAUUCUGGGAGUCAAAAUUCCACUGAAUGUGUAUUUAUAGUAGUAAUAAAUCUUACAGCCUCGAUAUAAACUCAUCUUUCCAAAUUGAAGACUUGUUAAGUCUUGGUUAAGUAUUUCUGAUCUUGCAGCAUUUUAUGACAUUACAUUAUUCACUAAAGAUGGUUAUUUUACCAGAUGUAGCAACUGUAAUUAUUAGAAGGUGGUGCAUCAGAAUUUCCAUUUUCAAACAUAUUUGACAACAUACUGUACAUGGUACAUUGUUGUGAACAUGCUUGCAUGUCUACACAAGCUGUUGGCAGCAAAUACAACUUUUAACUUUCAGCUGUUUUUAAACACUAGCAGCCUAUUUAUAAGAUUAAAAUGUCUUGUAUGGAUGUAUUAUAACUAGAAUUUAAAAAUAGCUGCUGUUCAGUUACUUAUGGAAAGCUUACAUUUGGAGUAGCAAGUAAUUCAAGAAGAGUCUAUAUGGACACUGGAUCCAUACUAAAAUAAUAAAAAAAACAUUAAGCUU